AUGGCCCUGGGAAGCGGGGAUAACGGGGAUGCUUCAGCACCCUCAAGAUUUUCCUGGAGGUGCAUGUGUGUCAUUAUUCUCCAUAUAGGCAGUACCCCCAGGAGACAGAAACGAGUGUCUCGCUCUCCAGAAGCCAACUACUGGGACUGUAGUGUCUGCACCUAUCGUAAUAGAUCAGAAGCUUUUAAAUGUGAGAUGUGUGAUGUCAGAAAGGGUACUUCUACUCGUAAGCCACGUUUGAAUGCACAGGUAGUUGCUCAACAGAGAGCCCAACAAUUCAUGGCCCCUGGAACUGGUCUACACCAACCCAAACACCUCAGAAAACAAGGUUUAAAUCAAAGGAAAAACAGACCAAGAUUAAAAAAUGUUGACCGAAGUAGUGCUAUAUCAACUCAGGUUGUGGUGAAUGAUGUGUCUGUGAUCAUCACAGAAUAUAGAGCAAAGGCUCACACAAGAGUUUCACCUGAAUCAGAUGAUAAUACCUCUUCAGGAGAUCAAACAACUAACAACAUUAAUGGAGUCUAAGACUGAAUUCAUUUGUAACUGAAAGGUUAAAAAACUACUGAAGGGAGUUAUUAUGACUUUGAUAUGCUGCUUUACCUGCAUUAAGAAUGGAGAUGAAGUGGUGGACUUUGAAGGAAAAGUAGCUUGUAUGGUGCUGUAAACAUGUCAUCUGGAUUCUCAUUGUUGUUGCUUGAAACUAGUGGCACUGGGAUGGGAUGCUCUAAAGGUUUGGAGGGGCAAGCUAAUGCAUUUUAACAAAGGCUCUACCCUCAAAACAUUUUUCUGUCCAGAACAUUCCAGUGCCACUGCCUGAAGCUAGUUUUAUAUUCUUAUGUAUUUGUAGAUAAUUCAGAAUUGAAUAUUGUUAGUUUAUCAGGAUUUAUGUCACAAUAUCAAAAUGCUGUCAGAGUCACUGCAGUUGAAUGAAUGAUAAUCUUUGAAACAGUUAGGAGGAUUAGAUCUUGCUUUAUGAUAGUCAAUUCUCAAAGCUUAAAAUCAAGUUUAUCGUGUGAUUGUCAGAUCCUAUGCUGUUAUGUGUGUAUAUUCCUCUUCAAGGGGGAAAAUUGUAUAUAAUGUAAGAGGAGAAAAUAGCUCUUGCCAAAAAUUAUUUAACCUUUCACCCUAAAUGAAAAAAAUAACUGUGCAUCAAGGUGUUUUUGUUAGGAAGAUUAUGUCUAUGAUAAAUAUUAGUAUCUUUCGAGAAGUAAAACAGUAUUUGAUUUGAUGUAUAACAGACACUUAAAAAAGAGAUUAAUACCAUAAGGAUUUUUUUCAAUUCAGGUUUACUAAGUACAAAAUGUAUUUGCUUGUAACCUGGUCAUUAUGUGACACUUAAAAUGUUUAUUAAAUUUAUUUCAUUAAAGUUGAAUUAAGAAGACGAUUCCAAAUAUUGAGAUAUUUACAUUAAUAGCAACCUUACAACCCCCCAAACACUAAGAGGUGAUUCGAACCCCCAUUUUCUUUUUUCAAAAUAGUGAAUUUGAACGAUUUAUCCCUACCCAUUUUCCCCGAGUUCGCUCCUGCAAUGCCUACCGAGACGGGUGUUCUUUGAGUGUGACGUCACCGGGGGGUAUUCGGUCCCGGUGUAGUAAACAAGGCAGUGCCGCUUUGUGUACUAUGCACGUACGCCUUCAUAUGGAAUAACUGCAGUUGAAGUUGUAUCUGCGAGCCAUAGAACUUGCAAAGAGGAAAUGAUUAAAAUAUUUGUGGCCGUACUAUUAUUCCAAAUAUGUAAAUUCCCUCAGAAUGAUACCAUAGACCCUAAAGGAAUAAUUUCAAGGUGAAUAAUAUGAAAUUUGAUCGAGAUCUUCUCACCAGUCGAUAACGUAGCAGACGUGUUAUUAUGACAUAUUUAUCCGCGUGUGACGC